AUGACCAGCUUACUCCAAGUCCAACCACAAAACAACCAUGUCACGUUCAAGUUCGUGUGGAAACAGAUCGCGCCAUUCGAACACCUCUUGCGCCACUCUCACUGCACGGCCCGAGAAUGGCGCAAGUCUUCGCACAAUCCAUAUAAGCACCGUGGCUUGCCUUUCCGUCCUCUGCUUUCUUCCCAGCGACUUACCAUGGCACCCGUUGCGACCCAAAACGACCACGAACUUGCUGUACCGUCCACCACAGAGCGCAUUGCCGCCCUGAAAGCAGAAAAUGCCGCCGCCGACAGCAAUGUUUUCAACCCAUUCUACUCCCCCUCGAUCGGCGACGACGGCGAUAACACCUAUGCAUAUGCGCAAUUCAAGCCGUCCUUUCCUGAUAUCUCCUGGCCUCCCCUCACAGAAGUCGCCGUCAGCGAUCGCGGGCUGCUAGCUGAUCCAGCAAAGAAAAGCCUGUUGAGUGCCGCGAGCAAAGUCCGGCAUCUCACGCCCGCCAUUGGAACAGAGCUUCUUGGGAUUGACCUCAGACAGCUUACGGAUGCGCAGAAAGACGAGCUAGCGUUGCUGGUAGCCGAACGCGGUGUUGUUUUUUUCCGCGAUCAAGAAAUUGAUGUUUAUGGUCAACUGGAUAUCGCACGCCAUUUUGGCCCAUUGCACAAGCACGCCACGACACCAAUUCCGCGAAAUGGCCUCGAAGAAGUUCACGUCGUAUAUAACGACUCUUCACGUCGACCUGACCCAGCAUCGUUCUCGAAGCUCGAGCUUUGGCAUACUGAUGUGUCCUACGAAAUUCAGCCUCCCAGCACGACUUCUCUCAAAGUCAUCACUGGACCGGAGUACGGUGGGGACACACUCUGGAGCUCUGGUUAUGCGCUCUAUUCUUCUUUUAGCCCCGGAUUCCAAACGUACCUCGAGGGACUGACCGCCUUGCACAGCGCCGUUGCCCAGGCCGACGGGUCACGUGCUGCCGGCCUCCCCGUCCGGCGCGAGCCUAUCGAGACCAUCCACCCCGUCGUCCGUGUCCAUCCCGUGACCGGCUGGAAGAGCAUCUACGUCAACCCUGGCUUCACCCGCCGCAUCAUCGGCCUCCCCAAGGCCGAAUCCGACGCCAUCCUACAGCUGCUCUUCCACCAGAUCGCCCAGAACCCCGACUUCCAGGUCCGCUUCAAGUGGGAGCACAACGACAUCGCGUUCUGGGAUAAUCGCGUUGUCACCCACUCCGCGACAUUCGACUUUUUCCCCGAAACGCGCCACGCCUUGCGUGCGACACCGCAUGGCGAGAAACCGCUUUCCGUCGCCGCGUAUGAGAAGAAGACGGGCAAGGUUGCGAAGGACCGGCAGAUCGAGAUCUGGCGCCAGAAGGGGAUUGAGCUGCCUGGGGGUGGCGAUGAGAAGCCUAAAGUCGCGAGUCGUUUUCCCAUUGCCUUCUUCGCUGUCGUCCAACUCGUCGAUCUCCUCCCCGCCAUCCAUCUCCAUGACCUCCCAAGGCCGUUUCUGCUUGACUCUGCUGAGGAUUGCUGGCCUGCCGGAAUCGCGCAUGGUGAUUCUCGUCCACCUCCAUUGGCACAGGUAUUGGUGUCGGUGGCCGUCGUUGAAGCGGCGGUUGCGGUGUUGCUUGAGGUUGCGGCUGAUGAUGGUGUAGUAGUUCAAGUCUACACGGUCGUUAGACUUUCCUUGAACGUGUUUGAAAAUAUUAACAAACCGCGUUCAUGA